AUGCCCGGACGACCCAAAUCUGUAACACGAAAGAGGCGAGAAGCCCGUGAGGCUUGUGACUACCUCAUGUCACGCGCUGUCGAAGCAUACCGUGCUGAGCUCACAAAAGCUCCAGGAAUUCGACGCCGUGGGGCAAGGACAAUCUGCCAUGACUUCGAAAAGAUGAACUUCGAAGCAACAGGAAAGUUAAUCAAGCUAUCCUAUUCAACUCUGAUCCGUCUCGCAGCUGGUGGAAAGACAUUGAGCGAGACAAAUGCAGCCAAGGCAUGGAUUACUGAGGAGGAGACGAAACAAGUCAUUGCCUAUGUUCAAGAAGUUGGUGACCGUGGUUUUCCGCUCAGCCAUAAGCGACUUCGCGAACAUGUUAACGAAAUAUGUCACGCACGACUGGGAGAUGGAUUUCCAGGAGUCGGUGUUAAAUGG